GCUGGCUCCAAUGCUGUCUCGUUGCGUUACGAAGACGAGAUUUUGCAGCGCCGGCGUAGCCAGGCUAGUAUCUACACGCGUAGAUGGUUCAGAUACGUCACCAUUAUCGAAGGAGAUACUGAGAAAGACUGGUCCACGACGACGCAGCGUUCCAUCUCUGAUUCAGGAACGGAUCGAAUCUGGCCGCGCCGUCACGUUAUCGGAGCUCCGGCUUAUCUCUAAGCGUCUCAUUAGAUCUAAUCGCCAUGAUCUCGCACUCCAGAUGAUGGAGAGGAUGGAGGAGAAUCAGAAAGAUGUUCAAUUUAGUGAUUAUGAUAUUGCUCUUAGAUUGGAGAUGAUUAUUAAAACUCAUGGUUUGAAGCAAGGAGAGGAGUAUUUUGAGAGACUACUAGAUAGUUCUGUGUCUAUGAGAGUAGCGAAAUCAGCUUACCUUCCUCUUCUUCGUGCUUAUGUGAAGAAGAAGAUGGUUAAAGAAGGAGAAGCUCUCAUGGAGAAGCUGAAUGGGUUGGGGUUUCUUGUUACUCCACACCCGUUUAAUGAGAUCAUGAAGCUUUAUGAAGCUAGUUAUCAGUACGAGAAAGUUGUUAUGGUUGUUUCGAUGAUGAAAGGGAAUAAGAUACCGAGAAAUGUUCUUUCGUAUAAUCUUUGGAUGAAUGCUUGUUGUGAGGUAUCUGGUGUUGCGGGUGUGGAAACGGUUUAUAGGGAAAUGGUUGGUGAUAAGAGUGUUGAAGUUGGGUGGAGUUCGUUGUGUACUCUGGCUAAUGUUUAUGCUAAGGGUGGUUUUGUUGAGAAGGCUAAGUUGGUUCUUGAGAGCGCGGAAAAGAUGUUGAAUAGAAGCAAUAGGCUUGGAUAUUCUUUCCUCAUCACGCUUUACGCUUCUUUAGGGGAUAAUGAUGGAGUUGUUCGUCUCUGGGAAGCUUCUAAAUCGGUUUGCGGUAGGAUUAGUUGUGCGAAUUACAUAUGUGUAUUGUCUUCCUUGGUGAAAAUUGGUGAUCUUGAAGAGGCUGAGAGAGUGUUUAGCGAGUGGGAGGCUCAAUGCUUUAACUAUGAUGUUCGGGUCUCCAAUGUUCUUUUGGGUGCGUUUGUACGUAAUGGACAUAUCCGGAGAGCCGAGUCAUUGCACACCCGUGUACUGGAGAGAGGAGGUAAUCCAAACUACAAGACUUGGGAAAUUUUAAUGGAGGGAUGGGUGAAAUGUCAACAUAUGGACAAAGCCAUCGAUGCUAUGCACCGAACGUUUGAACUAAUGGAGAGAUGUCAUUGGAGACCAUCGCAAAACAUCGUCAUGGCGAUUGCCGAGUACUUUGAGAAAGAGGAGAAAAUUGAAGAAGCAUCUGCAUAUGUUAGAGAUUUGCAUCGUCUUGGUCUUGCAAGCUUACCGGUAUAUAGAUUGUUGCUUAGAAUGCAUGAACAUGCCCAGAGCCCAGCUUCUCACAUCUAUGAAAUGAUGAAGUUAGACAAAAUCCGAAUAGAGUAGUUAAGAAAGAUUAUCAAAGUGAAAGCAAAACCAUUUGUUUGAUGUAACAAAGGUACUGUACUACUGUAUAUAUAAUCCACAACAUGUUUUGCUGAGAAUAACUAUUGUCAUUUCAUUUA